AUGUGCCUCCCCCUCCCACGAAAUCACUUCACAGCCCGUGGCCGCUGGAGCGCAUCUUCCUUCUCCAACAGCUACAAGAAGUCCUGCGACGCUUUCAUCGAGUUCUUCCAGAAGGAAUUUGGUAUGGGGACGAUGUGCGUGAUCAGAUGGUACGAUGAUCCGGGCACGGGCUGUGGCCUGGCUGACGUGGCUAUCGGUGCUGAGGAUGUGGAUGGGUUCCGGACGGCGAUGAAGAGGGUUCGAGAUUUGACGGAGGUGACUUUCCAGUGUUCCUGUAUGAGCAAACGAGGAAGUGGAAGAGCUAUGGUGGGUAGAUUCUGA